AUGUUUUCAGGCAUAUUUAACGUGUCUAUAUUCUCAUGCUUGGUUUUGUUUAUUCGUAAAGCACGUAGGUACACGAGUUCAUCAUUUCUUAGCAAGCGUUUCUUUUGGCGCGAAAAACAGCUUCGCGCUGGACUGUCGGGUCGUAUUUCCCAACUGGUUAAAGGAUCUGUGCUGUUUUCAUAAUUUUUUGGUUUUGUUCUGUAGAACUAGCACCAACAUUUACGGGAACUCCUCCAAAUCCGUUCUAUGUUUUGGAAGGCAACAAUAUCACCUUUGUGUGGCGGUACAACCUUAGUGGAACGUUUAACGGAGUUAUCUUUCGGUUCGUCAGCAGCUCUCCCUCCCGCACCAUUGUGUCCAAACAUGACAUAAACCUCGACGCAGUGGUUCCAGAAAGUGUUUACCAGGGUCGCAUUUAAGAAAACAUCAAUGCUACACGAGCAGAAAUUACAAUAUUUGCAUUGCAACGAUUUGAGAGUGGAGAAUACGAAAUUGACAUGACCAACAGUAAUUUCGAGACUACCAGCGACAGCGUGAAUGUUCAAGUACAGUGCAAGUAAACCACCAAAAGUUUCAUGAAUGUUAUCUCUACUGUUUCUAUUUGUUGAAAAAUAUUGAAAUCAUUCCGUGAAGGUGAAUCUCGUUUCGUUGUUGGAUAUUUCAUUUCAUUCAUUCUUGACGCAAAAUGCUGCUAUUUUCUGGGUAGCUUAGGAAUAUAGCACUGAAGUACUAUCUUUUCGCAAUCUCCACUAAUUUCAUUCAAACGUGACAAAAACAUUGACAACUUUUUGGUUACAAGUUCAUGUUAAAGCGAUGACCAACCUGGAACUUCAAAUGCACUCGUUAACGAUGCAAAACUUGUCCUAUUAUUCAUAACGUAGAGAAAAUGUCGGGACCCAAGAGAUCCAUUCAGAUCACUGAUCACUUUACGUGCACCUCCGCUAAUGUCAUUUGCUGGAUAACUUGCAAUUAUUGCAAUAAGUUGUACAUUGGUGAAACAGGAAGACGGCUAGGCCACCGAUUCCGAGAACACCUUCGCGACGUAGAAAGAAACGACAAGGACGUAUCCAAAUCAUUCGCUAGACACUUUAAUCUCCCUAAUCAUUCUAAACAACAUAUGGCAGUUUGCAGCCUUUCCUUACGUCCAGAGAGUUCGGAAAGUAGCAAAAUUCUAGAACAAUAAUUUAUCUUAUAGAUCGCCACUCUUAAUCACCACGGUAUCAACGAGCGCUUCUCAUUCAACUAAUUUAUUCUUGUUUCCUCGUCACCACAUUCCUACCAAUAGCGUAGCUCCAUUUUCUACAUAUAAAGCCACACACAACUCACAAUUCCUCCAAUCGCUCUGCCGAAGGGCUAACGCCCGAAACGUCAGCCUUUAAACUCUUUACACAGGCCAAUUUACGUUUUCAACCCAGUUGAUCACACUAAAUUUCUCUGUAAUACUCUCCCACCGACGCAGCACCACAGUUUCUUUAGAAACUUACCCCCUUUAUUCGAUGCGGAACAGCGUUCAUAUGGGAGAAACUUCAAUAUUUGAAGUCUUGCAUUCAGGAAGCUGUUUCUUUUUUUGUAAUUUCAAUCAUACUUCAAAGAGCAGGUUUAAGAAAAGAGAGUGUGCAUACAAGGAAUUAUUUCUGCCCGCUUUACCCUCACAGGACUAUUGUCUUUAUCAUAGUCAACCUGAAAAUCUUACAGAAGCACAAGUCCUGUCACAUAUUCCAAUAACCUGCAAUUCGUACAAUUGCAAAUAUCAAGGAAUUGAAAGUGGUAAUUGUUCAGACAUUUCAGGAUUUUUAAAUUUGAUUUUAGUAGCUAAGUUUUGGGGCAGAUUGGUUCAAUUUUGCAAAUUUUGACUGUGGGAUAGUCUAUCACUGCUGUCGCUUCUGAACAGAUCCACCAGAGUUCAAUUCAAUCAGUAGAGAUGUAAUUGUUGUUGAAGGUGACCCAAGUGUCAUAUUAGAGUAUAUCGGGGAUAGUGUGCAAAGUUGCCAGUUUGUCUUUAAUUCUUUAACAGAUCCACCAGAAUUUAACAACGUAAGUAGUGAUGCGGUUGUUGUGGAAGGUGACCCCAGUAUUACUUUAGAGUGUAUAGCAGAUGGUGAACCAGCACCAAACAUUACCUGGACCAAAGUAUAUACUCAUGGCAUUGACAGUGUUGUACUGGGACCUGGGAACUGGGAACUGGGAAUCAGUUUGUCCUUAAAACCAAAAGAAAUAACAGUGGAACAUAUCGUUGUACAACAUAUAAUGGGAUAGGAACUGCAUCAAAUCGCACGGUGAAAGUAGAAGUUAAUUGUAAGUAGAUAAUUUUAUUUUGUGGUUUUUAUUUUUCAUAGAAUUUAGGAUUGAUUGUCAUAAAUGUAGUAGGAAAAAAUAAUGCAAAAUAAAACUCCAAAAUGGAAAAAGGUGUAAAUCAACCACAAAAAAAGAUGCGUGAAGAUGUACCUCUUUUACGAGUGGUAAAGGCAUGUGGGCAAUUUUAUAGGCAUGUGGGCAAUUUUAUAGGCAUGUGGGCAAUUUUAUUGAAAUACGUUGUAAUAUUUCGAGCAGGGCCUGAAAGAGCUAUACAGCCCAGUAUAGGGUGUUGUGAGAUUCGGAGAGAAUAAAUGAUAUUAAAAAAGCUGCAAGUCAGAAUAAAAGAAAGAAAAAAGAAAGAAGAGGAGGAGGUAUCAGUCGCCAAUUGCAUUGGACUGGCCACAUGCUCUAAUACUGAUGCAUGAUCAAAUAUUGUUAUUUUCUUCUCUUUAGAUCAACCGGAGAAUUUAAAGUUUAUGGUGAAUGACUCAGCUGUAUGUAAAGGUGAUGUUAUCAGUAUCACCUGCUCAGCAGAUGGUAAACCUGCAGUGCAUACUUAUCAAAUGUUUGAGAAUGAAAUACUAGUUAAUGAUGGAAAAAGCUCAGCUGCGGUAUGGAUAAGGAAAUAUUUAAAAGAAGUAGACUUCAGCUACAAAUGUGUGGCUAAUAACACUGUUGGUACAGCUGAGAAGACUGUAAAUGUCACAGUAAAAGGUACAGUGUGAGAAGUAGUUGUUAUCUGUUACCGUUACUAGCUUACAUAUGGUAAAAGAAUACUGGUGUAAGGUGUGAAGCUUUAAUGCCAUUUUCCCCGUAAUGUUGUGCAUUGCGUAUUUAACUUCAAGUGGCAUCGGCUCAUGAGUACUUUUGUCGGUGAGGUUACUUUUAAUAUUGUGUAUUAGUUUCACUGUUCUUAUAGUUUACAUUAUAAUGUAAUAGAUUAAUUCAGGUGUCACAUGUAAGUUAAAAAAAACUGACCACCAGUCCACUUUAGGUGAAAAACAGUCACAGCACUUUGCAGUAUCGUCUUAUGAAGGCUUUUAUAUUCUUGCUUUUUUGAAACAAUCCUGUUUCUUCAAUUGUUAAUUGAUGACUGUCUAGACUCAAUCCUAUCCAGGGCCCCAAUUGAAAAAUGGUCACCAUAAAAUAAAAAAAAUAAGAAAUUGUUCACCCCAUCCACAUUCUGUAUUAUGCUACAUGAAAGUCUAGUGAAUCUAAUGAUACUGUACAUGCAACUGUGCAACAUUUUUAUUUGCCAAAUUGGCAAGUAUGCUGGCUGGCCGAUUAAUGGAAGGAGGGAGAAGAAUUUCAGUGUAUCGCUUAGCCGAGAAACGAAUUGAAGUGAGCUGAAAUAUUCAUAUUAAAAAACCUCCACAUUGAAAAUGACGUCUUGACUCACUUGAGAAUUCAUCACCAAACUUCCAAAUGCAAAGUUGAUGGUUAAAUGUUGCAUGUAAUAACACAAUCAACGAAAUCAAUGCGACUUCAUCACCACUCACUUUAGGUGUUUGAGUAUUAGGAAGUUAUGGAACUGCAAGAGGGGAAAAAAGAAAGACAUGGGAUACAAGCAUUUUUCCUUUCAAAACUGGACCGACAAUCAAGAAAUUUUUCCUGUUUUUGUUUUUCUUUGUCUGGUGGUUGCUAAUAGGCCACUUCUGAGUUCCUGCGGUUCAGUGAUCUGGUGCCAAAAUUGUGGUGCGAGGACGAGGCUAAGUGUGAAGUGAACUGUAUAAAGGAUUAGGUGUAGUGGUGGUUAAAGUGAGAGAAAUGAGACAUGGUAUGUCCGAGCAAUAAAACUUUUUUGGACUGGAAAUUUGCCCUCACUUGUUGGUAAUUUCUCCUUCAGCAGCUCUUCGCAGUUUUUGGCAGAAGAGGCGAUUUUGAUCUGCUUCAUUGUUACAGCUUUUUUUGCAUAAAUCGAAAAGUUCUGCUUUUUUUUCCUUUUUUGCCAUCUCUUAGCUGAAUGCCUCUCUACCACAAAUAAUUUUUCACUCAUUUUCACUCAUUUUCACCACCAUGGUACUUAAAUCUUUAUAUUGAUGAAAGCGACUUCACACUUAGCCUAGUUCUUGCGCGGUAAUUUUGGCUCUGUGCAAGUAUACAAACAAAAAUUUGAUGAGUGUGUAGGUUCAUAAACAUGUAGUUUUACACUUGUAAUUUUUUGUUAUCUCGUUCUGCUCAGGGCCCUCUAAAGUUUAUCCAUUGGAAAAUAUCACAGUGAUAGAGGAUGAAAACAGGACUUUAACCUGUAAUGUUUCUGGAGGUCCUGUGCUGACUGUAGCAUGGACAGAAGUAAGCAGCCCCAGUCAGUCCAGUGGAGUCAUGCGUUAUCUUACCAACAUCAGCAGGUAUAAUGCCGGUGAAUACAAGUGUGAAGCUGCAAAUGACUGUGGAAAUAGCUCUGCCAGCACUUUCCUCAUUGUACUCUGUAAGUUAUUAUUAUUUAUUUAAUGAUGAUCGAGUAAAAAUAUGCAUCAAGUUCCAGAGUGUUCAUCUUGUAGCCCACUUUUCACUCUUUGCUAAGUGUGAGUUGCUAGAUUCCCGAGCUGUGGGGCAUUCCUCUCACUUUUCUCAAGCUUGUUUUGAAAUUAAUAAAAAGUAAGGAGCACUUAUGAGGCCGCAGUUUUAUUGCAUUGGAAAUUGAAUAGAGAAUAACGCUAGGUAUAGAAUUUCUUUGUAAGUGUUCCACAUGAUAUACCGAGGUCCACACGAGAAGAGAAGUUUAUAUCCAUAAGAAACCAUGCAGUAUUUUGAUUAUUUUAACAUCUCAGUUAAUCCAAACAAAUUCGAGGAACAACCUUCCAUUGAGAAUUGUGCAUGCUUUGUCAGAAUGGGGUUAAGGUAAGUGAUGUGUUGGCACUUGAUUGGCAAUAUCAAACACGUAACAAUUUAUUGUAAAUUUACGUUGUCAUGUACAGUUACAGUUUUCCCUAGGGCUGGAAAUUGUUGUAAAAAUUUGCAGUUUAUAUAUAAUAAAACAUUUUGCCCUACAAUUUUGGAGAACUCUGAGUGACACUUAAUUGUCUCUUUCUUCUAUUCUAGACAAACCUGAGAAUGUCCAGUUAAUGAGUUCUGCCAUGGACGACAAAGCAUGUACGGGAGAAGUCAUCAGCUUUAACUGCUCAGCUAAUGCUAAUCCAGGCGUUGCGUCAUACCAGCUGUUUGUCUACAGAUGCGUGGCCAAAAACAUUAUAGGAUCAGAAUACAGCAUGAGUGUUACUGUCACCGUGAAUGGUAAGCAAAAUAACCCAAACUAGGGCUUGUGUAAACCGUUCCAUAAGCUAUACACACAUACUGGGCACGUUCGUGAGUGUACAUACUCCCAGUUGUAGAAGAACAUUGACACUUUAGGAGGAUGAUUCAUGAAUGAUGAGACUACAUGGAAACAGCUUUAUGAGAAAUGUUUGCACAGUUGCAUCUCAUUAUAAUAUUUAUGGCAAAUUGCUGUUUAUGAUAAGCCUUUUCUCACAGGAAAGGGUUGUUGGCCUCCAUCAUCUACGACGUGUAACUUAUUGUGGUUAUUAUGGACAUGUGCAUGCAUAAUGUGUUGGGUCUCAUCAUUCAUCGCCAACGAUUUCUAGGUGUCUACCAUUUAGCCACAUAAUGUAUACGUGCAUGGUCUUAGUUAUCUUGGUGUUUGUAGGUGGUAAUGAAGUCAAAGGGAAUUACACGCACGUUGUAUGUUGGGGACUAAAGGAUGCAGUUGUUAAAGUGCACAAGCUGGUCAUUGGCUACUUUUAAGAUUCACUUUUUUGGGGAAGGAUGAUUCAUGAAUGAUGAGACUACAUGAAUGAUAAGACUACAUGUAAAUAGCUUUAUGGGAAUUUUUUGCACAGUUGCAUCUUAUGAUAAUAUUCAUGGUAAAUUGCUGUUUAUGGUUAGCCUUUUCUCACGGGAAAGCAUUGUUGGCUUCUAUCAUUUACCACUUGUAACUUAUUGUGGUUAUUAUAGACAUGUGCAUGCAUAAUGCUGUUGAGUCUCAUAACUCAUCGCUAACGAUUUUUAGGUGUCUACCAUUUAGCCAUCUAGUGUAUACACGCAUGAUUUUAAGUAUCAUGAUGUUUGUCGGUGGCAAUUAAGUCGAAAGGAAUUACACGCACUGUAAGUUGGGAAUGAAAUGAUGCAGGUGUUAAAGUGUACAAGCUGAUUACUAGCUACUUUUAAGAUCCUUUCACAUUUUCACUUUUCUUUUACAGUACCUUCCUCAAUCACCCAAAUAAGACAAGAUCAGAAUAUAACUGAAGGUAGCAAUGUGACUCUGUGAUGUCACGUGCCUGGAGUCCCCGCACCAACAGUGUCUUGGAUUAAGCCUGGUGGCCAGCGCCAAAGUAUAUCGAUUUCCUUCUCUGUAAAGUUUUUUUUAGAGAGGCUUCCUUAAUCAUAUCUUCGGCAUCAGGCAGAUAAAGAGGGAGACUCCUUGGUUACUUUGUAAUAUGUAGCUUACAAAGGUUAAUUAAACUGUAUUUAUAAAUUGUAUGUUUUGUCCCUAGAGAAACCUGAGAAUGUUCAGUUAAUGAGUUCUGCCAUGAACGACAAAGCAUGCAGGGGAAUAGCCAUGAGCUUUAACUGCUCAGCUAAUGCUUAUCCAGGCGUGACGUCAUACCAUUAUUAUUAAAUCUUUAUUAAAUCUUUAUUAAGUCAUAAGAUAAAUAAUCACAUAUCCUAUGUUACAACAUUAAAAGAAGGUAUAUAUAUAAAUUACAGAGAAAAUCAAGAUAAAAAUUAUAAGACUAGAUUAUGUUUAAAAAUUAAGCGAUUAACAAACGUGUUUUUGAACCUAUCAGUGUUUAUUUUAGGAUGGUGACUUGUCUCUUUCCUCAGAUUGUACUUGGUUAAUUUCUUUUUGGCAUUAUAGCUCUUAAAGGGUGUAUUGUAUUAUUAAAAACAUUCUUGAAGAUACGCGUGUCCUGUUGAACUAACAAUUCAUAAACAUUAAUGUGAUCGGAUGUAUACUUGCGCUUAUAACAUCGAUCUAAGAAACAUUGGAUUGUUGUUAAUUCGGAAUUUACAGCGCCAAAUACGGACAACCCGUAUAAUAUAUUUGGUAGAACCAGAUUUAGAAACAGAUGGUCUAUUUCGGCCUGAUUGUACCCUUCUUUCCUUAAAGAUCUUAAAAUGAACAGGCACUUGUUUGCUUUAAUUAGUUUUUCCUGAAUAUGUGUUAUGAACCUACUGUCUUCCUGAAAUGUUACCCCUAAAAUAGUAAGCUCUUUUGUCUGUGGUAUUCCAGACACCAUCGGAAACUCUAUUGUACAACCUUUCUUGCGGAAAAUGAUUUCCUUGCACUUAGAUGGAUUGCUACACAUACCAUUACUUCUAGACCACUGGGAAAACUGAUUAAUCAGUGCGAUAGAAUUGUCAUUAUCACCUAUCACAGGCGAGAUAAUGGUUGUAUCAUCUGCAUAUUUUACCAGCACGCUCUUAUUGUCCAAGUGUAUCUCUAAAUCACUGAGAAAGACAUUGAACAAGUGCGGCCCGCUGACACUUCCUUGGGUGGUACCUUUGUUGACACUUUUCCAUUUUCCAAUAAACCCAUUUCUAAUGACUCUCUGCUGCCUGUCUUCCAAAAAGCUUAGAUACCAGUUAACUAUAAAAGGAUUUAGGGGGAGUUGCUUCAAUUUGUGUGAGAGGAGAUCGUGUUUCACACUAUCAAAAGCCUUGCUGAAAUCCAUAGCGAAUAGGCGUACCGCUUUGCACUCUGGGAUAUCAAGAUAUUGAUUGACAGUAUGUUGGAUAGUCAGUAGAGCAUUGGUACAGCUCCCUCCCUCUAUGUAUGCAAACUGUGAGAUCCCAGAAUGUUCAUCGAAGGUCUCCCUUGCGUGUGUUCCUAAGACAGCUUUCUCAAAGCACCUUGCGAUGACAGGUGUCACAUUUAUUCCGCGGAAGUCUGAUAUUCCCUUAGGUAUAUCAACCUUCGGCAAGGGGUACAGGUCUGACUUUUUCCAAGAGACAGGCCAGGCGUGUGUUCUAAGAGACAGAUUCCAAAUCCAGGUGAUCACUGGAACGAAUAGCUCGGCGUGGUCUUUCCAUAUAGUAUACGGGAUGCCAUCUGGUCCGGUUGCUGUUUUCUUUAUACGCAUAAGAGAAUUCAGGACUUGUCGCUCUGAGAUUUCUGGGACUUCCUGAUCUUCACUAAUCUCCAGAGGUGUUGGCUUUCUGUAGGCGUGGUCAGUACAUAGGUCACCAAAGUAGUCAUUUAACGCGUUGAGUUCGUAGUGGCCAAGAGAUAGAGAAAUCACCGGCUUGCGGCGCUGAGAUGUUUUAUCCACUUUUUCCACCAAUCCCGAGUUCCAAUAGAGGCGAUAAAGUCCCUUCUGUUUCUGAAAAAUCACUUCAGAGAUCCUUUUAUUCAUAACUUUAAGACGGUCUAGAUUACUGAGUGAUAUGCGUGAUUUGGCUCGUAUCAUCGAUCGAACGAGCGGAGUCAUCCAGCCCGGGUCUCUUGAAGACAUGCGCACUGUUUUCAGAGGCAUGCAGCUAUCCAGGUGCCCUAGGAUGGUAUUUUCGAGCCUACCAACCACUUCAUCGACAUCAGUUUCCUGUAUCAUAUCAUCCCAGUUUUCCUUCGCCAACGCGAUAUACAGAUCACGCUUUCUAUGAGCCCUUUGGUCACGCACGUAUACUUUACGGCGGAUAGGUGGAAGCUUUAUACCGGGUGGUAAAAUAACUCCCAUGUGAUCCGUCUUGGAGAGCAUGUGAAAGGGAUAGCACUUUGAAAAGAGAUCCGUGCGGUUCGUGAAACAGUUGUCCAAACAAGAAUUCCCUCUGGUGGGGAAAUUAACCAGAGCAUUCCAACCAGACAUUUCUACCAGCUGUUUGAGAACGAAACUUCCAUUUUAAACACUAGUGUCUCGGGGAUGUGGAGCAAGACUUUGGAAAGUAAAGGAGUUUUUGUUUACAAAUGCGCGGCCAAUAAUUUAUCUCUUUAG